CGGUGAUCUCUCUCUCUCUCUCCCCCCUCCCUCCCUCCCUCCCUCCCUCUCCCCUUUUUCUUUGAUGGCGCCGGCGCCUUCUAGAAGAUCUAAUUGUUCGGCCUACUCCAGCUCCGCCGCCUUCCGGCGGUCCAUCUCGCCGAUCGGACGGCGCUACUCGUCGGCGAACUCAUACGACUCCCCCUUCGCCUCCUCUUCUGCCUCGAGCUUCUCUUCGAGGUCUCCCAGCUUCUUCAGCCGAUCUUCCUCCCCGACCCGCGUUAACAUCGUUGGAUCCGUCCCGCGGAAGCCUUCCGUCCGCUUCUCCAUCGACCGCCCCACCUCCCCCGGCCGCUCCCUCGCUGUGGACAGACAGCACCAGCACCACCAGGCCGUCAGGCAGCCGAUCCCCUCCGCCUCCGGUGGCGGACAGAGGAAGACGUGCAUGUGCUCGCCCACCACUCACCCCGGCUCCUUCCGCUGCAGCCUCCACAAGGGCUUCGGCCACAACCACGCGGUGUCGUCGUCUUCUAACCGGCUGAACGCGCGGCGAUCGGCGAUGACGAACUCGCUGGUGCGGAUCGGGACGGUGGAGGGCGAGUGGGUGAGGAGGGCGCUCGCCGCCCUCAUCCGGCCGUCCUCCCACCAGCAGCGGCGUAGGGAGGCCUUCCAGCCCCGUCCCAGCCGCCUCUCUAUCAUGUCCAAGGCCAUCGAUUUAUGAUCUCCGAUCAACCGUGGAUCUCGAAGCAGCGCUGAAAGGGCGUUACUCUUUCCGUUAAAAUUCUCCGUCCGCCGUUGUGGGUGGCGCAUUCCGUAUUCGCCGUCGUUUGUGGUGCGUCGUUUGAGUCGGUUGGUAUAGGUGGUUGCUUUCGAAGGAGGAAAGGUGGGUUUGCUCGUUCCUUGGCUUUCCACAAACGCAGGCAGAUUGGACUGGAAAUCUGAAUGACUUACGGAGAGGACUCGCAGAACUUGAACGUAAACCAAUUUUUUUUAAAAAAAAUAACCAUUAAAUAAUAAUAAUAAUAAAUAAUAAUUUUUUGGUUAAUGAAUUGAUAAAAAAAUAUUAUGUAAGUAUUUUUUUUAAAUAUUAUGAUUUACAUUCCACGGAUUAAAAAUGGAUUGGAUAUUGAUGCAUGAGAAUAUUGAUGCAUUCAUAUUUUUCGAUGAAUAUAUAUAUACAUAUUAAAUAAAUAUUAAAAUUAAUAUUUAUAUCUGUUCUAAAUAGAUACUGAUGCAAAUUGAAUAUUAAAUGUAAAUACAAAUCAAAUAUUAAAUAUAUCUAUAUUUUUUUAUUUAAAUAUAAAUAUAUAUUAUAAAUUUUUUAGAUAUUAAUCAAAUUUAGGUAAAAUUUAAUAAUUAAAACUAGCAAUAAAUUAAUAAAAAAUUAAUUUUGAUAAGUAUUUAUUAAUAAUAAAAACUAACUCAAAAAGGAUAUAACGUGGUGUUUUUAAGGCUUCUCACGAUUGUUACUGAUUUGUAAUCGUGAAGUAGAACUAGAAACUGCACAGUAUUUUUGAGAUUCUAGUUGCUUAAAGACGACAAGGAGAAAAGAGGAAUAAAACAGACAAAAGGUUUAAGUCUUACAGACGUGUGGAAUUAUUCGAAGAAUCUUAUUCGAAUCGAAUAUUCCAUAUUUAGAUUACUGUCUUAAAUAAUAGUCAUUUAAUAUCUAGAUUUUU